UAUGUGUCGAUCUGCGAAAAUUGAACACAGUCGAACAUGAAUAGAAUCAUGACGAGAGUUUCGCCGGUGGAUAAUUUGAUUUAAAUAAUAAUCAUUUAUUUCGUUAUUUAUAGACAAAUGUGUGGACUUAAAUCAUUCGCAGAAGGUUUAAUGGGUCCAUUUUUUCGCGUGUUGUACAUUAAAUAAUGGAUUGGUUGAAAACAGUGACGUCUCGACUCGCAACCUUGGUUAUGGUUACAAGAAAAAGUGUAUUUUGAAAAUAUUUCCGAGUGUUUUCUUCCAGAAAACGUUUGUGAGAUAUUAUUACAGUGAAACGAACACUUUGUUAGUAUUUGUGUUUUUGGUAAAUCGGUGCUAUGUCGGGCGGCAGGAGCAUCGACAAAGAGCGCAAGUCGCCCAGGGAAAGUGGGGAGGAUUCCGAGGAUGAAAGCGAAAUCCUGGAAGAAAGUCCUUGCGGCCGCUGGCUUAAAAGACGAGAAGAGGUGGAACAGCGUGAUGUGCCUGGCAUCGACUGCGCCCACCUAGCUAUGGACACAGAGGAGGGCGUGGAAGUGGUGUGGAAUGAGGUGCAAUUCUCUGAGCGCAAAAAUUUCAAGGCGCAGGAAGACAAGAUACAAGCCGUCUUUGACAAUCUCACCCGGCUAGAACAUCCCAACAUCGUCAAGUUCCACCGCUACUGGACAGACACACACAAUGAUAAACCGAGGGUGAUAUUCAUAACGGAGUAUAUGUCUUGUGGUUCCCUGAAGCAGUUUCUUAAACGUACUAAACGAAAUGUGAAAAGACUACCGCUGCAGGCCUGGAAACGAUGGUGCACACAAAUUCUUUCCGCACUCAGUUACCUGCAUGGAUGCGAGCCUGCGAUAGUGCACGGAAACCUGACAUGUGAUACAAUCUUCAUCCAACACAAUGGGUUGGUGAAGAUUGGAUCAGUGGCGCCUGAUGCCAUACACCAUCACGUUAAGACAUGCCGCGACAACAUGCGUAAUAUGCACCUCGUCGCACCCGAAUAUGGAUCAUCUCAAAUGGUAACACCGGCUAUGGACAUUUAUUCUUUUGGUAUGUGCGCGCUGGAGACAGCGGCUUUGGAGAUCCAAGGCAAUGGAGACUCCGGCAGCCACGUCACAGAAGAACACGUCGCUCGAACUGUUGAAUCAUUAGAAGAGACACGUCAGAAAGACUUCAUUUACAGAUGUAUCCAGAAGGAUCCCGCAAAGCGACCUACGGCCCGUGAGCUGCUGUUCCACCCGCUGUUGUUCGAGGUGCACUCGCUAAAGCUUCUGGCAGCUCAUACAUUGGUCAAUACGAGUGCCAACAUAUCAGAGACGAUCACGGACGAGGUUUGUGGCAGCGGUGGAGCCCUGGCUUGGUGUGUGAGAGACGGAGAGCGAAGAGAGUUGGACGCUCGGGAUUUACCACCACAUGCCGAGAAACUUGAGAAGUUCGUUGAGGAUGUCAAGUACGGCAUUUAUCCGUUAACUGCUUACGGGUGGUGGUCCGGUGGUCGUCGUGCCGCUGGUGGCGGAAGAUCUCGAACGGCGACAGAGAGCGCUCCAACACCGCCAGAGCCACGCGCUCGUGACCGUGAAACACGACGAGUCGUCAACAUGAUGUGCUCCCUUAAGCCGCAGCCGCACCAUCCUGACGCUGAUGUUGCUGACUUGCUGAUGACCAUUCUAUUGCGCAUGGACGACAAGAUGAACCGUCAGCUUACGUGCGCUGUUUCACGUCGUGAUUCUGCGCACGCGCUCGCUCACGAUCUUGUGCAACUUGGCUUCAUACAUGAGGCGGACCGCGAUAAAAUCUGUCGGCUGAUGGAGGAAUCCUUCCGCAGCAGCUUUGGCACAGCUCCCCUGCCCCCCGGAGCUGCUCCUCCUCCACCUCCUGCCGCUCUGCCUCAUCGCGCCCCUCAGCACGUCGCCAGCUAGUGUCCCCUUGCCGCGCGCCUGCUCUGCUGUCCCCUCCUACUGCUGCUUUAAUUCCCUUUCCACGACUGGAAUGUAAGUUCUUCAGUCUAACUGUAGUUGUUCUUUGAACUUCUAUGGAUUUUUGGAGCCAUAAGAC